AUGCAAGGGGGUCUUCUGGGAGACACGAUCCCCGCAAGUAGUCUGAUGGAGAUUCAAAAGCGCCUUUUGGACGCCAAAACUGCCAUCAAUUACGUGAACGAUGUGAAGAAGGGGAACUGUACUGGAGGAACAGACAACAUACUGAAACUUCAGUUUGACCACACGCGUUGGGAGAGUUAUGCCCGGAUAGCAGUCAAAACUGCCAAUCUUCUCUCAAAGAUGAUCCAAGAAAACGACGGCAAACUAGCUGAGGUGGACGAGACAUACCUUUUUUCGGUGGUGCGCAAUAACAUUCAGGGUGACGCCCUCGUCUUCGGCUCGGCUAUUGCCUUUGAGGAAUAUGUUUUCUCAGACUACAGAAUCUUCUGUCCUUAUGCCUACAUGGAAGGAUCCACGGCCAUGGCAUUCGAUCUGGCAUUAGGUUAUAACUACUUGGAACCCGAUGUCGAGUGGUAUGCUGCCAUUAAACACAGAGACUACUCAAAUAUUACCGUCUUGCGAGAUGUCGUGGAUUUGGGAAACAGGAUUGUUUCUACUCCAGAGUCGAUGGCGCGUGUCCAGGACGGACGAUGGACUUACCCAUACUUUGACUGCGGCGGAGGCGACAUUUGGAUGGUCACGUACUCGGCACCCAUUAUCGGCAUACUGAACACGUCUGGACAUCCGGAAAUAAGGUUCAGAGGAGUCGCGACUAUAGACAUAGAACUGACAAACAUAGACGUGAAUCAGUGUGACCCGACAGAAGACAAGGAACUGCCCUCCCAUGGGUCUCUUGACGUGUUCCGGGGUACCCACAGCUGUCAGCCUACCACACAGUGCAGAGCCCUGGCAGGGUACGGCUUUAAAAGAGGCUCAUACUUGUGUUCUUGUGAGUCUGGGUAUUACUUUCCAGUUAUAAACGCGGUUACGAAAGCCUUUAAUGGGUCGGAUAUCGAAGCCUAUUACGAUGACAACAACGUGACGGGAAACAUAGAAGCGUACCAGUGUCUGAAAUGUGCGCGAGGCUGCGAUACGUGUGAGGAUGACACACCCUGUAUGAUCGAGUACAGCAUGGGUGUUCACAUCACACUGCUCCUAUUGACCGUCCUUCUAAUGCUCGCAAUCGGCCUGAUCUCAUUUGUCACUCACCAAUACAGGAACGAAAGAGUGAUCAAGUCCGCAAGCCCAAUAUUUUUGCAAAUUACGCUUUUAGGUUGUGCCAUGAUGAGUUGCCAGAUGUUCCUUAUCUUCGGUGAGCCUAAUGACGUCAUCUGUAUGAUCAUUCCUUGGUUUGCUUACAUCGGCUUCGCCUUGGCAUAUGGAGCCCUACUGUUGAAAACAUGGCGAAUAUCAACAAUUUUUCGCUUUGGUACAACGAAAAGGGUCCAUUUACCGGACAAAGUUUUGCUACAGUGGAUGAUACCGGUAGUUGCAGUAACAGUAAUGUUUCUUAUAGCCUGGACAACCGUCAGUCCGUCUGUUUCUGAGAUCCUAGUUACGGAGAGCAAACUGAAAUAUGUCUAUUGUAAAAAUGACUGGUGGUUAUCAGCGGCGAAAGCAGGUGAAGUCAUCUUCUUGCUUUGGGGAGUUUAUCUGAGUUUUACCGUUAGAAAGGCCCCGUCACAGUUUAACGAGAGCAAAUAUAUCUCCUGGACGAUCUAUAACGCUGUAUUACUAGGGACCUUCAUGGUUGUCAUCAUACAGUUCAUCGCUAUACCACAGGGACCAGACAUCGUCUACGCCAUGACAUUCCUCUACAUCCAGAUACGCAUCACUUUAACACUCGUUCUGUUCUUUGCACCAAAGUUCUAUUCCUUGUACAAACUGGCCAAGCAUCCUGAGCUGGCAGAGAGUGAAGAGACCAAUGCGCGGACUUUAUACAGAACAACCAUAGCAACUGUUUCCAGUCCUUCCAAAUACAGACAACAUGUCCAACUGCAGACCACGCUCAGCUGGGUCAAGUCGCAAAAACCAGUCCAGCUGUCUAAGUCUGACAUUUCUGAGGUAGAAUCACAAAGUGGCUCAAAAGACUACUUAUCCGUGAGAAAGAUGUCAGAACUGAAACAUAAUCAGGUGGCUCCAAGUCAGAUGGGUCCGGCGAUAAACGGCUGGUGA